AAACAAACGUGUGCUGAUCUGAACGAAACGCACACAUUUUUUCCAUUACAAAAGCAGUUUUUAUUGAAAUAAACUAUUCCCUUUUAAUUGUACGAACCAUCACAAAGCCCAAGCCUUUCCGAUAGUGUACUGAAUGUGGCUCGAGUAAAGAGUAAACGCGCAAUUAAACAACUUCAACGAAAUGUUCGUAUUGGCCGAGCUGAAGGACAACGUGCGGAUAGCGCCGGAGCUGUUUGGUUUGAAGCUGCCAGAAGCGAUAAAGGAUGAAAUCAACAGAAAGUUAGCAAAUAAGGUCCUCCUAAAUGUGGGUCUUUGCAUCGCCCUGAAAGACAUCGUUAAGCUGGGCGAUUCAAUAAUACUGCCCGGCGAUGGCGCUUCCCACACGGAGGUAAACUUCCGGUACAUCGUCUUCCGGCCCAUGAUUGGGGAUGUGAUCACGGGCAAGAUACGCAGCUGCAGCCGGGAAGGCGUCCACAUAACGCUUGGCUUUUUCGACGACAUUCUCAUACCACCGUCCGCCCUGCAGCAUCCCUCCCGGUACGAGGAGGCGGAACAGGCCUGGGUGUGGGAGUACCCGCUCGAGGACGGUAACACGCACGAUCUGUACAUGGACAUUGGGGAAAACAUAAAGUUUCGCGUGUCGGGCGAGGUGUUUGAGGAAAGCUCACCGAUUGGACCCCCGGACCAGGAGGUACCGUCCAGUUCGACCGGUGCGAGUACGUCCGGUGGUGCCGGUUCGAGUGGGCAGGAAAGCAAUAAGACACCGUACCGUAUCGUAGCAGCCAUAAACGAGUCCGGUUUGGGGCUGCUUUCCUGGUGGGUACAGCAGGCACAGGAAGAUGACGAGGAGGGCGGCGAAGAGGAGGAACAGGAAGAGGAAGAGCAGGAGCAGGAUUCGGGGGGAGAGAACGAAUAAAACCUACUUACCGUUAACAGCUCGAUUUAUCA